CAGGACAGAAGCUGAACGGUUACAGUGGGAUGUCAACAUAAACUGGCCAACACCGUCUACCAAAUCAGACGUCACUCCACCCUCGUUUUGAAGGACAACAUGUGCAUUUCUUUAUUUUUUUUCCUUUCUUCCCUCCCUCCCUUUCCAUGUUCUCCACUUCUCCCUCGCAGGCCACAAGUGUUUGAUUCGCUGUCUGGCCGUGCAUAGUAAUGAGAAGGGGACAUCGGGCUGCUUUUUAAAAGAGCUGCUGGCUGCCUCUCUCCACAGCAAGCGAGAGAGAGAGACCUAAACGACUGAUUGGAGGGUCAUCCAAGAGCUCAGGACGCACAGAGUUGCAGACUCUAGACUCAAAGGGACUCCAAAAACAGAAAACCCUCAGCGGCUCCUUCAGUUUUGCCAUCCAAACAGUCACUGCAAGUGGAUUUUAUUUGCACCUCGAACGACUUGUGUUGUCUUUUCCCCCCCGUGUGUUUUCGAGAGCUUGGAUUUUUAGGAGCUGGUUUUAGAGAACUUUUUUUAAUUUUUAUUUGUGAAGACAUGCAUCGGUGCACAGCGGUGCUACUUUUGUUAGUGGUGGCCUUAUACGUCCUGAGCGCAGAAGCCUACAAGUGCAGGUGCACUAGAAAAGGGCCAAAGAUCCGAUACAAGGAUGUGCAGAAGCUGGAGAUCAAACCCAAACACCCGUUCUGCCAGGAGAAGAUGAUAUUUGUGACGAUGGAGAACGUGGCUCGGUUCAAAGGGCAGGAGUAUUGUCUCCAUCCCAAACUUCAGAGCACCAAGAAUCUGGUCAAAUGGUUCCGUAUCUGGAAAGACAAGCACAGGGUGUAUGAAGCCUAAAACUUCGGCUACCCAGCACACGUGGAUGAAGUGAGAAAAAAAAAAAAGCAACAAUACCACCGGGACUGUUUUUGCGAAGGACAAGAUGUAAUCUACAAUCAAACUGUAGUUCUUCCCUCUUCUGCCUGAGAUCUGACGAGCACAUUACGAGAUAUUUUUAGUUUGUAUAUAUAAGCUGGUGGGCUCGUUUUAGUCGGCCAUCACUGUAGUUACAGUCAGUCAUCACCUCAGUCUUUACAACUGUAGUUAUACUUGUCAAAUAGUGGACGAGACAACACCAUCUGUGUUCAAAUAGUUGUAGGUUCGUUCAGUUGUUACUUAAAGGGACUCUUUUGCUGUUAGGCUUCUUUCAAAGUGAAGAAUGUGUAUUUUUGAAGAAAUGGGCAAAACUUCCUUUGAAAAAUACAGUGUGGGUGUUUCAGUUGUUAAGAUUUUCACUACUCUGUAUUCAGUAUGGCAGGUACGACAUUUGUACAAAGCCAACAUUUAGAAUCUGAUCACACGUGUUUAAAAGGUUGUAGUCAAAAUGUAGUGAUAAAGUUUCUCAAUGAAUCUGAUACUGUAUUUGUAGAGGAGAAGCAGUCAGUGUGCGAUUACAUAUAAUACAGAAGUUGCUAUUGUUCGGUCAGAUAGAGGAGAUCUGCCACUGUGUGUAUGUUUACCAUGUUCAUGCUAGUCAUAUGUAUCAAACAAACACAUUACUCUGCAGCACCUAUUUUGUAAAAUAUGAUCUAAUUAAUUGGCAGGGUGUAGUUUCAGCAGUUAUUAAAGAAUACAAAUAGUUAAUGUUGUGCCAUUUCUAUGUACAGUACAGUCUGUGGACUGGAGUUAAUUAAAAAACAAGAUCAUAAAAUACACUAAGAAAGCAAGACUGUCUGCAGUUUACAUCAACAAAGCUCUAUCUGUUAUAUAUUUUCACUGGUUGGAAGAUUUGUUAGUGAAACCUCUUGGAAUAAGUGUGUAAUUAGACAAUAUUUCAUACAAACUGCCUACAUAAGCACUGAAUUGUGCUACUUAUGAUAGCAUCCUUAAAGAAUAAGGCUGGUGAUGUUCUUGAUUUUUGUUAAUGUUAACAUAUAUCCCAUGAAAAUAUGGAAAAUCAACAAUGUGUUACUUCCCAAAUUCCCAAAGCUGUCUGAGGCACCCAUCCCUAAACUCCCUAAAACAGAUGUGCGCUGUAGUUCUUAGCAAGUCCCACUCAAACAGGAGUUAAUAAGGAUUAAUAUACAAUUGGUGCUCAACUGAGUAUUUACUGUGGCACAACAGUGACUCCAAAUAAAUGACAGUGACCAUGUUUAUGGUAAUAAAGAACCAUAUCACCCAGUACAACAGUGAGGAUCAUUGAUGUGUUUUUAAUAUUUUGUUGACAACAAUAGUACAGAGGAAUGAGAUACAUAUAAUGAGAUAUAUAUAUCGACCUUGGAUACACAAUAGGUUAGUUGGAUUGAUUCAUUGUUGUUGUUUUUUCAUGGGAUUUGUUAACAAUAAGAAAAAUACUGAAUAUAAUCAAAAAUAUAUGAACUGUGCUGAGCUUUGGACCAGUGCAUGAGAUUUCACAUUUUUAAACUUGAAAGGGACAAAUUGCCUGAAAACUUUAGCAGUCUAAAGCACACCUAAUGUCCACAUACAAAACAACAUUCAAAUAGCAUAUAUUUAAAUAAAUGUAGGCAUUUCAUUUUUGCUAAUGAUAAUUUUACUGUCUCCUACAAUCCUACGUGGGUGAUGAUACUCUGCUCUUUUACGAUCUUAUCUCUCCUCAAGUAGAUCUCCUGAACAAUGCUGUCAAAUGUGUUAUUAUUCUGUGUGCUGUGGAUACACUUGGUAAUAAUGACUGUUGGGUGUUGUUUUGUUGCCACCAAACAGAAAUCUCACACACAUAUUUCUGCUUUUACACAAAAACACAUUUCCUUUACGUUUUGAAGAAUGUGCAUUACUCUUGUUUUAUAUCUUAUAUAAAAAAAUAUAUAUAAAUACAUUUUGUAAAUGGACCAGUAUAGCCUAUAUGUUUGUGAGAGUGAAUUUAUCUUAAGAUGUUAUAUUGUUGUGUAUAUUGUAUAACUGCAUUACAGUUGUUUUUGCUAUUUAAAUCUUUGGUUUGGUAUUGGGAGGGUGAGUGUUUGGACCGGCCCACCAAACACAGUUAAACAUUCCAUUGAGUGUAAAACAAUAAACACAGCAAUAAAGUAUCUAUAGAGCA